AAACUGCGUUACGCUCCGGGCGGCCGGAGGAGAAAACAAGAGCGGGAGGACUCGUUCCGCUCUUCAUUUCAGCACCACGCGCCUCCUGGACAGCGCCCGGAUGAGCUGCUCCACAUGUUCGAGUGUCUCGCGUGUCACCGCCGCAGCAGCCACCGCGGGUUGGGGUCUCCGCCACACUGAGCAGCCCAGCAGCAUCACACCCAGACUCCCCCAGACCUGAGGAUCGGUGGAAGCUGCGGCUUUACUCCUGCUUUCCGGAGCCCUCGCUCCCACAGAUGCCUCAGCAACAGGGCAGCAGCAUGACCCAGACCAAGCCCAGUCAACGGUUCCACUGCCUGAAAGCUGAGCAGGUGGAAGUUCUCCAUCAGGUCCUGUCCAACGUGGUCCCCAUCCACGGGCGCGGGAACUUCCCCACGCUGGAGCUCCGGCCUCGUGACAUCAUCAUCGCCGUGCGGGCCCGGCUGCAGCGGCAGGGCAUCACGGUGCGGGACGUUCGGUUGAACGGCUCCACCGCCAGCCACGUCCUGGUGAGGGACAACGGAUGCAGCUACAAGGAUCUGGACAUCAUCUUCGGAGUGGAGCUGCCCAGUCAGGAGGAGUUCCAGGUGAUCAAGGAGUCGGUUCUGGGCUGCCUGCUGGACUGUCUCCCGCCGGGAGUCAACAGGGAGCGGAUCAGCAGCGCCACCAUGAAGGAGGCCUACGUGCAGAAGAUGGUCAAGGUCUUCAACGAACACGACCGCUGGAGCCUCAUCUCGCUGUCCAACAACAGCGGCAAGAACCUGGAGCUGAAAUUCGUCAGCAGCCUGCGUCGGCAGUUUGAGUUCAGCGUGGACUCCUUCCAAAUCAUCCUGGACCGGCUGCUCGAGUCCUACAUGCAGCAGGAGGCGCUACACAGGCAAAAGGCUGUCGACCAGAAGAAAGAUACGUCGCAGCAAAAGCCAGACACAGACGGCCGUCCUCCUGACAGAGAAGCUGAGUCAGAGACGUCGGCUAGCAAAGGCCCCGGCGAAGAGAAAGGUAACGGGAUCGGCGGAAAAGAGCCGAGCGAGAGGGAUCCGGAGAGUGAAUCGCAGAAGGACGCGCUGAUCCAAACCGAUGAAACAAGAAUCGAUGCUAAAGAAGAGCUGAAAGCCGCGUCUCAGACUGAACUGGAGGAGCCGUUAGAUGCGCGUGUAACUUCAGAAACAGACGAGACAUCUGUGCAAACAGAGUCCUGUGAUGAUCACGCUCGCUCAAAUCCACCUCCGGCUCAACUUGAAGAAGCUGUCGAGGACUCCAAAGAGUCGGAGUCAGCAAAGCUCUCUCAGGCGUCACCGGAGGACGUGGAGCCUCGGCUGGAUCAGCCGUCCUCGCUGGAGACAGAAGCUCCGUCGCCAGACGAAGGGCUGGAUGAAAGGAGACAGGAGGCGAGUCGGGCAUCUGUCGACUGUUCAGCACCCGCCGCAGCACGCGCAGACGACACACAGGCUAUUGAUUGUUUGUGCUCUUCAUCGCUCACACCUCACAACGCACAGCAAACCGGCGCCGAGGAAAGACACAGCUCGCUAAAUACUCAGACGUCCGAUAAAUCACUGGUUCACCCUCUCGAUGCUCAGGACAGUUUAGCUGCACCUUCCGGCCUUGCAACUGACAAAAAGACCUCCUGCUCGGCCACUUCUAAGGCCUCCGAGAGACUCUCUCACAUGGUGGUGCUGAAACACUCUUCCCCCAAACCUCCUCGCAGGAUGUGCAGGAAGGUUGCUGCCAGUAGCCACACCAGCUCUGAAGUCAGCCCGCCGCGUACGGAGCCCAGCUCGGGGCCCAGACUGGACGAGGAGCCAGGCGUGAGCUCAGCUGAGACCCAGUCCGAUCCCGUUUCCUCAAAAUUAGACUCAGGUUCCGAUCCGUCCCCUGAUCCAGCUCCUGCUUUAGAACCCUCACCAGCUGUACCUCGAGACCCUUCUGAGUCAUGUGAGACUCUAGGUCCGGAAGAGGCUUCUGAUGGGUCAGGCGCCGUCGAAACGGCUUCUCAAGCGCAGAUCCCCGAUCCUCUGCAGACGCUGGACGCGUUGCUUUUAAGCGAGUCCAGCUCAGACACUCAGGACCACACACUUACCUCCCCCGACCGGCCUGAUCCCGAGAGACCGCAGACUGAUCCAUCGAGCAUCAGCGCACGAGAGACCUUAAUUGCUUCCCCUCCCUCUUUUGACAGCGUGAUCCCCCAAGUGUCCUGCCUUACCCCACCUAUCCUCAGUCUGUCACCCCCCUGCCUGAGUCCCUCGCCCCCCAGUCUCAGCCCUCCCCCGUGUCUCACCCCUCCAUCUCACUCUUCUCCCAUGCUGAGCGCCUUCAGUCCGGCCACUAGCUUCAGCUCUCCACCUUUGAGUUUCAGCCCUACCUCGUCGGGCCUCAGCUCACCCCCCUAUCUCACCCCUCCAAUGCUGAGUCUCAGUCCCCCUCCCCUUUGUCUGACCCCUCCUUCCCCCUGCCUUAGCCCGCCCCUCCUCUGCCUUACCCCUCCAAAGGAGUCCGAGGACUUUAUCCCUCAGGUAUGUUCCACCACAGAGCCUUUGAUACUGAACCCAGACCACCAGGAGGAGAUGCAACUGGCAGACGAUCGUGGCGAGCAGGACCAGGUCUCACCUCAGGUGGCCCAUGCUGCCUCUUUCCCCGUCACCAUCCCUGACUCCAGCGUUCAUCCGCCGCCUCCCUCACAACCCGUGGGCCUCGCCGAAGCCGCUCCCGUCUUGCCGGCUGAGGCCCCCAGUGCUGCAGUGAUUGAACAGAGUGGCCCCAUCGACGCCGUCCCCGCGGUUGAAGUCCUGGCCGAAAGCAUGUACGGGGACUUUGACGCCGCCAUGGACCACCUGCGCUACCGCUUGAUCGCGACCAGAAACCCCGAAGAGAUCCGGGGCGGCGGCUUGUUGAAGUACAGCAACCUGCUGGUCAGGGACUAUCGCCCGGCCAGCGAGACUCAGAUUAAGACGCUGGAGCGCUACAUGUGCUCGCGCUUUUUCAUCGACUUCCCGGACGUGCAGGAGCAGCAGAGGAAGAUCCUGUCCUACUUGAAGAACCACUUCAUCGGCGAGGAACGGAGCAAGUACCAGUACCUGAUGACGCUGCGCCGCGUGGUGGACAACAGCACGGUGUGUCUGAUGGGCCACGAGCGGCGCCAGACUCUCAACAUGAUCACGGUGCUGGCUCUGAAGGUCCUCGGAGAGCAGAACAUUAUCCCCAACACGGAUCACGUGACGUGCUUCUACCAGCCGGCCCCUUACCUGGCCGAGCACAGCACGCCCUACAUGACGGAGCCCAGCUACUGCAGCUACUACAUCCCCCCCGGGGGCUCCACUCUCCUCUACCAACCUUACCCAUUACACUUGCACACGCAGACGGGACUGGUGUGAUGUGUCAUGCCUGACAGAGGGAUAAAUGUGGUCUAUAAUAGACCUGCGGGGACGGAGGAGGCUUUUUUACAACAAACUCCCGGAGCGCUCUGUUGGGCUCUGGCUCGAUUAUAUGUCAUUACCGGGCUCUGUCGCUCAUCAUAAGAAUCACUCUUCCGAUAUUGUUCAAUUCUGGAAAAAAACGUAUGCACUGCAUGAGUCAUCAGCGUCUCCCUGUGCUGUGGCUGUUGACACACCGAGCCGCGCUCGCCAGGUUUCUCCUUCGCUCUUCAGUGUGAUUAACGUGUCGUUUUUAAUGGGUUCGUCCAGAGUGUGCAACUUGAUAUUGUGCAUGGAUUAUCUAGGACUGUUCUCUCACUGCCAAAUACUGUGUUACUACUGAGCUUCUUGAGUUGUCGUAUCGUUUCCUUGACAGAAGGGGUUUGUCCUAAAAGAAAAAAGAAGCCGUGUGCAUGAGUUCACACAUCACGUUGUACAUUGCAUGAGUCGUACGGAUCCGAAUUACCCUCACGUAACAAGAGGAAGGAGUCUAUUUUUGCAAGACGUUCCCAUGGUGAAGGUGUACAGCGUGUUGACGGCAGUAUGUUGUAUCUUAGUACACGCCUUGUUUCCAGGUGUGAAGAUAGUAGUAGUCGUCGUGCAGUCCUUUCUGUAACAAGUUCUGUGACAUCUCGUGUUCUGGAUUCUUUGUGAGCCAAGAGGUAGGAGGUGGUCAGGUGAGAACCGUGGCCAAGUCAGCUCUUCACUGGAGGACGACUGGACUACCGUCAGCAUCAGGGCCAACACCAAACCAAUGUCCAUGUCGAGGGAUCAAUCUGUGCCACAACUAUGACCAAAGACGGUUGGAAGUGAAAUCAAGUGCCUAACUGGGAGACACGUGA